AUGUGCAGACCAAGUCACAGUGGACCGACCUACGAGUCUCUACAGGAAGUAUUCGACAGGAAGCCAUUCAGACCUGCUGUGAACCUGAGUAACCCCACUGUUACCAACAUCUCCUUCACCCUGUAUGCUGUGCUCGGAGUGAACGAGAAGACUCAGAUCCUCACCACAUUCCUGUGGCUGCGGUUGUUCUGGUUUCACGAAUUCCUGAUCUGGGAUCCUAACAUGUGUGAUGGCAUCACUAAGAUCUCACUUCCUGUAAGCGACCUCUGGACACCUGACAUCAUCGUCUAUGAAUUUGUGGAUGAUGAUGUGUCUCAGGCAUGUCCAUAUGUGUAUGUUAACCACACGGGUCACAUUCGUUAUGACCGGAUGCUCCGACUUGUCACAUCAUGUAACCUGGAUAUCUUCAGUUUCCCGUUUGACGUUCAGAACUGCACCUUCACCUUCGGCUCCUACAUGCACACAAUUCGGGAUGUAAGGGUACAGCCUGCUCUCCCCUUUGAGCAGAUGUCAGGUAACUCGAAGAAUUAUCUAGAGGCCAGCGGGGAGUGGGAGCUGGUGGAGAUUUUGGGAGAAGCAGGAAUUCUCAAGUUCGACAUAGACGAGUGGGACAUCAUCACCUUCUGGGUGGUGAUAAAACGUCGGCCAAUCCUGUAUGUGGUGAAUUUGCUCAUCCCAAGCUCCUUCCUCAUGGUCAUCGACAUUCUGUCCUUCUAUUUGCCGCCUCACAGCGUCGACCGUGCCUCAUUUAAGAUGACGCUGAUCCUCGGAUACACCGUUUUCCUGCUCAUCAUGAACGACCUGCUGCCGAGCACGGCCAACGGCACGCCAAUCAUCGGAAUUUAUUUCUCUGUGUGUUUGGCUAUGAUGGUCAUCAGUCUGCUGGAGACUGUCAUCAUUACCAACGUUCUUCAUCACAACUCCAUGAAGUACCGCCCGGUUCCUCAGUGGGUCCGAGUGGUGGUGCUGAAAUACAUCGCUCGCUUCAUCUGUUACAAGGAUCCGGACCUCUCACACACACAGCAGAAAAUACUGGAACAAGGAGAUAUCUGGAGCACUCAACACACACAUUCUAAUGGUGAGUUUUACAACAUCAAAACACACACAUCUACCUCAGCGGGCGUGUCCCCCCUGAGCGUCCCUGAGCUGGUGGAGAUCAGUGAGUGUGUGCGAGUGAUUCGUGAUCACCUCAACAUGCUGCAGCGAGAAGUUGUUCUGCAGGAUGAGUGGUGUCAUGUUGGCUACGUCCUCGACUUCUUGCUAUUCCGUAUUUACCUAAUGCUCAUCACCUGCUACGCCUUCGUCAUCAUCUUCAUGUGGUGCCUCUGGAUGUACCAGUGACACACACACACACACACCUACCUUUCUUAUCUGUACU